CUAAAGAAGGAAUUGCAGCACUUAAAUUUAUGGUAAUUGGUCAUGCCAUUUCUUUAGCUGCUAAAUGGAAAUCUGUUCUUUCAAGACCGAAGGAAGCGAAUUAUGUAAUACCGGAGAUAUUUAAAGGUGCCACAUUCAUUACUAUGUCAAUUGCUACAGCUUGGGCAUUAAUUUGUGGAUUUCAAAAUUUAUUUCCAAAUAAAUUUAUGCCUAUAUCAAGAAUCUACUUAAAUGGAUUUAUUGCUGGAUUAUGGAUUUUGUUACUACACCCAGUUCGACGUAUGGAGAUCGGAAUGUAUAGUUUUCGAUUAUUACUUGAAACAUACUGGAAAUUAUUGGUUAAAAAGGGAAAAGUCAAGAGCAUUAAGUAA